AUGUAUCGCUAUUUCCGCUUCCCUGCCGCAAUUGCGGCAAGGACUGCUAGAUAUUCCACGCUGCCUAUCAGAGAUCCACGAAUUUCAAAUCUUGUUCCCUUGAUUGAGGUCACAAAACCCAAGUUUGCCUUAGAGGCCACUCACUUGAAAGCUGUACACGAGACUCUGGAAGCUAAAGGGGUGGUUCAAUUGACCUUGGGAUUCAGCGAUGAAACAAGCAACUAUCUCCAGAAACUUAUAACAAAUCUUCACAAAUGCCAUGAUCAUGGCCUUCCGAUAACUCAUAGCGCUGAACGAGGCUGGUUCUGGGAUGUUCGGCCUUCCCCGUCGAAUUUCCAAAGCCAUGGACACCAAGCCCGCUCAGAGACCAUGUUCCGGUUUGAUUGGCACACCGACUGCAGCUAUGAGGAGUGUCCCCCGCGAUUCUUUGCUCUUCAAGUCAUUCAGCCGGACCGCUGCGGAGGCGGAACCUUGUCGGUACUAAAUGUUGAUCGACUUCUCGCCUUACUCUCCCCUUUCGCACAAAAAUGGCUCUCCAGCAACAACUACAGGAUCACUGUACCCCCAGAGUUUAUUAAAAAUACGGGGAAGCAGUAUAUUACCGGCAGCCUAGUCGCAAUAAGAACAGAGCUAGAAGGUGGGAGUCAAUUGCGGUUCCGAGAUGAUAUCACUAUCCCGUUGACUCCUAACGCUGCCAAGGCACUGGAAGAACUGAGGAAUAUCCUAUACGGAAAUGGAGCCGAGGAAUGGACUAUCCAUCUAGAACCCAAAACUCUUCCUAGAGGGUCGAUCAUCUUGAUGGAUAAUCGACGAUGGUUGCAUGCUCGCAACGAAGUGAAGGAUCCAAAUCGUCAUCUUCGACGUCCUUUGGCUUUUUUACCAAUCUAUCUUCCCAUCUUUGGCAUUGCACGGUAUCUAAAUAUGAGAAACAAAUUCUUCGACCAGCUUCAGCAAGUCUACUUUCCAGAUGAUGUGGCAUUUUCCUUUGUUUCGUCAGAAGAGCCUGGCGCCGACACUGUGAUCAAGGUCCGUGGCACUUAUAUCUCCAGACUAAAAGAAUGCUCGUCCUCUUGGCCCGCUGGAUCGCUGGCUGCAUCGUGUCCUCACCCCGUAUUAAUCACUGAACGGCAUCAUGAGGAGUUGUCAGAAUUGCAUCGGGCCUUGAAUCUGGCAAUUGAAGAUAUUAUCGAGCGAUGGUGGAGCGAUGAACAAGCUCAGUUUCCCCAGCGGAUGCCGUUGGAACCCGGAGAAGAAGAUCUCUUGCGUUGGAUCUACUCCAAACCCUCUCUUUUCAGACCGUGGAAUGAGAGGCAAGGAUCCUGGAGACCAGACUUCUUAGUGGAGAUUGACGAAACUGGUCUGGAAGCCUUUCGUAUCUGCGAAAUAAACGCUAGGUUUUCCUUCAAUGGCUUUAUGCAUGGUGGUUUUGGUCAAGACUCCCUUUCGGAAUUUGAUCUUGAGUCUCGGGGUCUAGUACACUGCGUCGAUGGUGAAUCGAUUCCCCGAGGGUUAUUCAAGCUAUUCGACAACAAGCUACCCUUGCAUUUGAUCAAGGCCAAGGAACACGGAAUCGACAUUUUCAUGUUUAUCGAAUUCGCCAAGAAGCGACUUGGUAUUAAACCCCGACUCAUAACUCCAGAAAUACUACGAAUUAUCCCGGAUUCCUCUAGUAGUUCUGGAUUCAAAUUGUACUGUCUUGCCCAAGUUGGCGCCACUGAUACUAUUACCACCGAUUCUGGUGAAAUUGUGGAAGAGGUCCGUCAAGUUGGCCUCGAACUUCACCAACAUGAAAUCAACGCUCUUGACCCAGAAAUAAGACGCCAGAUCAGUGUUCGAUGCUUUAAUGACAUGCGAACAAUGUUUCUUGCUCAUGAUAAGAGAAUGCUUGGUCUUGUACGGGAAGAGCUGGAGGUUCUGGUCUACAGAAAGACCAUCACUCCGAAACAAGCCGAGCGUCUUUACAGAGGCAUAACACCGACCAUCCUGCCAGGCUCCCGUGCCCUUGAUCAGUUUAUCGCCGCUUGCAAGGCGCAAGAGAAUUUGCAUAACGGAUACAUCUUGAAGCCAAUUAGAGGGGGCAAGGGAGCUGGUAUUCUGUUUGGUGAUGAACUCGCAUCCUCCGACUGGCUAGCACUGCUGGAGCAGAUGCGAUGUCCAAAAUUGGAAAGAGAUAAGACUCUUUACGUUGUACAGCGCCAAAUCGAUCAACCAAAAUAUGACGUACUGUUGACCGAAGGCAAGUCACAGCGAUGCCAUAUGGUUGGAACCUACCAUGCAGCCAACGGAGAGUACUUGGGACUGGGCACUUGGCGAUGUAGUCCCGGGAGGCUGUGCGCUGUAUCUGAUGGCGCAACAUGGAUUUGCUCAGUGAAGGAGAAUAGUGGCAUACCAAAUUGA